UCACUUCCCCUCCAUCAUCCUUAACUAAACCUCAACCAAUCAAAAUAUCCUCUGAGGGAUCAACAACAAGUCACAACAGUGUUUUCAUUCAAUUCUUGAAACCCUUUUGAUUUUGCACCGAGUAAUGGCCCUCUGUAGUCCACAGCUGCAGAAGUUUUUGUUGAACAAUAUUUGCUGCAAUUAUGUUUGUAAUAAGGCUUCUUCGAAGAACGUCGUAGUAAAGGGUGGAGAGGGAAGAGUAUUUUGCUCUGCUAUUGCGAUAGAUGCACCGGCUUCGUUGGCGGGUGUUUCCGGGAUCAGAUGGGGGUCGGUUAAGCUGAAAGGAGCCCGCGAAGAGAUGGAGGAUGAUGUUGUGAUUGUUCAAUCUGAUGCGCUUGAUGGAUUUUCCUUUGCUGCAGUUUUCGAUGGCCAUGCUGGAUUUUCAUCUGUUGAGUUCCUCAGGGAAGAACUAUACAGAGAAUGUGUUGCAGCGUUACAAGAUGGGCGGCUCUUGAAGGGGAAGGAUGUCAAAGCAAUAAAGCAAGCGCUGCAAGAGGCUUUUGAAAAUGCUGAUGCAAAACUCUUGAAACGGCUUGAGACGAACGGUGAAGGGGACGAGUCUGGUUCAACAGCUACUGCUAUUUUCAUCCGGAAUGACAUGCUGUUUAUUUCUCAUGUUGGCGACUCUUGCCUGGUGCUCUCACGGUCUGGAAAAGCUGAAAUCUUGACUGAUUCUCACCGGCCCUAUGGGAACAACAAAGUUUCUCUACAAGAAAUCAGACGAAUCAGAGAGGCGGGAGGAUGGAUUGUCAAUGGAAGGAUUUGCGGAGAUAUCUCUGUGUCCCGUUCUUUUGGCGACAUGCGGUUUAAGACCAAGAAGAACGAGAUGCUGAGAAAAGGAGUUGAGGAAGGGCGGUGGUCGGAAAAAUUCGCUUCUCGCAUACAACUGAAAGGAGAUUUUGUAACUGCGUUGCCUGAUGUUUUUCAAGUAGAGCUUGGAUCGGAUGCUGAGUUUAUAGUAUUAGCUUCUGAUGGAUUGUGGGAUUACGUGAACAGCUCGGAUGCAAUUAAUUUCAUUAGAAAUCAACUUCGACAACAUGGAGAUGUUCAGAUGGCUUCAGAAGCUCUUGCCCAGAUGGCUCUGAAUCGACGUUCACAAGACAACAUUAGCAUUGUCAUUGCUGACCUCGGACAAACGGACUGGCGAAAUUUACCCGUGGAGAAACAAAAUGUUGUGUAUGAAUUGGGACAAGCCAUGGCUACAAUCAGUUUAGUCUCGCUUGCAAUAUGGAUGUCGACUUUGCUCUCAUUAUGAACAUGAGACCAGACUAUUUGUACAUACUAUCACGAGCGAACAGAACAAUCACUUGUUUUUCUUGUGUUCUGUAAAUUCAAGCUUCACUUAUCUGAGUAGUUAUUACAUCUAAGAACAAUCAAGAAACUGACAGAUUAAUACCAUGUUUUUCCUAUUCAUCGACCA